AGAGUCAGAACUUUCUCACUUUCUCAUAAGCCAUCAAGUUAGUAAAUGUUACAUAGAUGUUAAUAAACUGCGUUUGGUUCAGAUUCUCCACAGUUCUAAUGAUCCUAUGGAUGGAUGGACUUCGACACUUAUACCGAAAACCCCGAUCGGAAAUACUAUUCUUGUUGCCGGCGGAACACUAGCGGUGCGGUUUUUGGCGUGAGGUUUGGUGCGGUAGCCGUCAUGGCUGCUCACAGUAACAACUUUAUCCGCGUGCGCUUAUACUUUGACUAUCCGCCGCCGGCUGUCAUUGAUUGCCGCAUGUGCUGGCUGCUCGUGGACUUGAACACAUGUCGCGUGGUGGCGGAUCUGGAGAGUAUCAUCAGAGAGAAGUUUGAGUUCAGCCGGAGAAGCAUCCUCAACCUCUUCAUAGAAGACUGCUACCUGCCGCACACAGAGAGUAUCUAUGUGGUGCGGGAUAACGAUAGCGUCAGGGUGAAGGUGGACUGUCUGGCUCAGGUGAAUGGGCACAGCAGCUGUCCAGAUACAGCAAGUGAAAACUGCAGAAAGAGACAGAGACCCACUGAGGAGGAUGUGCCAGGAGAAAAUGGAGUGGGUGUGGAACUGAAGAAGAAAAAGAGGAAAAAAAGGAGCGAGGAGAGCCUGGAGAGGGAUGCCAAGCAGGCUUCAGCUGAUGAGAGGAUUAAGAAGUCACAAGGAAAGUGCACAGAGAAGAAGAAAAGAAAGGAGGCAAAGGAAAAUGGCCCUACUCUCACCCCCAAACCAGCUCCUUCUGCCAAAAAAAUCCCAGCUAGUGUAGACCAGCCAGUUAAAAGCACCAAGAAGCCCCCAGUGGCACAAGCAAAAACACAGAAUGUCUCCUCUUCAGAUUCUAGUAGCAGCAGUAGCGAGGAGGAUGAAGCUUCCAAAAAACCAGCUGCUCAAAAAUCAGCACCCAAAACGCUCUCCUCCACCCCUGCUGCUUCCAAGGUGCCUCCAAACACCAAACCCGCCCAGACAAAAUCACACCCUCCUUCGGCAUCCUCUUCAGAAACAGUCUCCUCCUCUGAUGAGGCCACCAGUGUAAAAAGCCCGUCAAAAAACAAACCCUUAACCUCCACAACCUCCAAAGGAAGAAUAAGCGAUAAGUCAAAAUCUCAGCAGGCUCCUCCUGCCCUGCAGUCCACAAACUGUGCACAGAAACAGGCUGCAAGCGUAACACUGCCUUCUCAUGACAAAAUCACGGCGCCGUGUGACUCAGACAGUGAAGAGGAGAUCGAGCUGGUUAUCCGACGGCCAGUGCAGCAGCCGGUCCGUGGUGUGGGUAGUCAGUCGUCUUGGAGAGGCCGCGGCCGGGGAAAAACCAGCCGUGGUGAUCCUGGAACGUGGGGAAGGGGUGAAGGUAGAGGGGGCACCAGAGGGUGCAGCGACAGCUUUGAGUUCAGCUAUAAUGGAGCCAAGGAGCCGUCCCACCAGACUGAUUCCCUGACCAACAUGUCAGUGGUCCUCCAGAACGAAGCAGAAAGUGCUCCCAAACAGGACUACAGCUCUAUGCCUCUGCUUGCUGCCCCUCCACAGGUGGGGCAGAAGAUUGCCUUCAAGUUGCUGGAGCUGACUGAGAACUAUACACCAGAGGUAUCAGAAUAUAGGGAGGGAAAGAUUGUGAGCUUUGACCCAACCACCAAACAGGUUGAGCUGGAACUAAUUAAUGCCUUUCAAGCUCGCGUAGAGCCUGGCAAGUUUGACCUGGUCUAUCAGAACCCAGAUGGCUCGGAGAGAGUGGAGUAUGCAGUAUACAGAGGCUCUCGGGUGACAGAAGGGUGGGAGUGCCUGCUGGAACCAAGGCUGAUCAUUUAAAUUUUGACCAAACAGUGACUUUGUCCCGUCCCGUUCCCCGGCGAGAUGGAUUUGCCUUUUUAAAUAACUUUAUUUCAGGAUCCUUCCACUUGUACUGCAGCGCCUGAGUUAAACUGGGAGUCACUUCUUUACAUUGCAUAUGACAGCUAAAGGAUAUGAUAAUGGUUGAUUAUAUUCUCUUUGCCGUGCUUCUAAAUAAGUCAUCACUUUGCACAGAAGAGCUGCUAGCAAAGUACAGGUGUAAGUAUUGAAAAAUGUUGCAUUUAAAUGGGGGUUAAAUAUGAAAUGCUGUUCUUUUUAAUAUGUAGAUGGAGUGAGUGAUUGUUUCAAGCACUGGGACAUAAUGGUUUUUGUGUUUUAUACAGUGAUGUGACUGUGGAUAUCAGUCUUGUAUAAAUUGUUUUUCUAAUAAAACACUGCAUCUUCUGCUUUUACUGUA